CUUCCCCCCCCCCCACGCUUUUGCAGGCAGAGCCUGCAGCAGCAAUCACACAAGAUUUUGCUCUGAGCUCGGGUUUGCCCUCCAGAGACGCUUCACUUCUGUUCUCGUGUUCGACUGAGAGCUACUAAAAACCAGGGCAGUCGGCAGCAAAGCUCCGCACUCUACUUUACCCAGGAAUAAAGCUAUGUGAGGAAUGGUGGUUUAAGUCAGAGAACGUGAAGGGAGCACAUAAAACUGGUGGAUACAGCAGAUCCAAUCACUGUGCAAAAAUCCCAAACCAGUUCAGAUGUUGCUGUUUUCUCAAGUUGCAGGUCUAUGGAAAUGCAGGAUCUAGCCAGCCCGCAUAGCCGACUAAGUGGUAGUAGUGAAUCCCCCAAUGGUCCAAAACUUGAUAACGCUCAUAUAAAUAGUAAUUCCAUGACACCCAAUGGCACAGAAGGUGACAUGACUCUGCUCAACACUGCAGACUGGUUGCUAAGUACUAGUACACAGACCACUGCAGUUAAAACAGAACCAAUGAGCAGCAGUGAGAUUGCUACGACUACAACAGACGAGUCUUUAGACAAUUUCUCAGGAUCAGCAAUUGGAAGCAGUGGCUUCAGCCCAAGACAAACUCAUCAGUUCUCCCCACCACAGAUUUAUCCUUCCAACAGACCAUACCCACAUAUUCUUCCUACCCCUUCCUCACAAACUAUGGCCGCAUAUGGGCAGACACAGUUUACGACAGGAAUGCAGCAAGCUACAGCUUAUGCUACAUACCCACAGCCAGGCCAGCCCUAUGGAAUCCCUUCAUAUGGUGCAUUGUGGGCAGGCAUCAAGACAGAAGGUGGAUUGUCACAAUCACAGUCACCUGGACAGACAGGAUUUCUAAGCUAUGGGACAAGCUUUAGCACGCCUCAGCCAGGACAGGCACCAUAUAGCUACCAAAUGCAAGGGAGCAGCUUUACAACAUCAUCAGGAUUAUAUGCAGGAAAUAAUUCACUCACAAACUCUACUGGAUUUAAUAGUUCACAGCAGGAAUAUCCAUCUUAUCCUAGUUUUGGCCAGGGUCAAUAUGCACAGUAUUAUAAUAGUUCACCGUACCCGUCACAUUAUAUGACAAGCAGCAACACCAGCCCAACACCACCUUCCACAAAUGCAACAUACCAGCUUCAAGAACCACCAUCUGGCGUCACCAGUCAAGCAGUUACAGAUCCUGCAGCAGCAGAAUACAGUACAAUCCACAGUCCAUCAACGCCCAUUAAAGAUUCUGAUUCAGAUAGAUUGCGUCGCAGUUCCGAUGGAAAGUCACGUGGGCGAGGCAGAAGAAACAAUAACCCUUCACCACUGCCUGACUCUGACCUGGAGAGAGUAUUCAUUUGGGAUUUGGAUGAGACAAUCAUCGUUUUUCAUUCCUUGCUUACAGGGUCCUAUGCUAACAGAUAUGGGAGGGAUCCACCUACUUCAGUUUCACUUGGACUACGGAUGGAGGAGAUGAUAUUCAAUUUGGCAGACACACAUCUGUUCUUCAAUGAUUUAGAAGAAUGCGACCAGGUUCAUAUAGAUGAUGUGUCUUCAGAUGACAAUGGCCAAGACUUAAGCACCUAUAACUUCGGAACAGACGGCUUUCCUGCAGCAGCCACCAGCGCUAAUUUAUGCUUAGCAACGGGUGUGCGUGGAGGAGUGGACUGGAUGAGAAAAUUGGCCUUCCGUUACAGACGCGUAAAAGAAAUCUACAACACCUACAAAAAUAACGUUGGAGGUCUUCUUGGUCCCGCAAAGAGAGAAGCUUGGUUGCAACUUAGAGCAGAAAUUGAAGCUCUUACAGAUUCUUGGUUAACACUUGCACUGAAAGCACUCACACUUAUUCAUUCUAGGACAAACUGUGUGAAUAUUCUAGUAACAACUACUCAGCUUAUUCCCGCUCUGGCAAAAGUCUUGUUGUAUGGAUUAGGGGUUGUAUUUCCAAUAGAAAAUAUUUACAGUGCAACUAAAAUAGGAAAAGAAAGUUGUUUUGAGCGAAUAAUUCAAAGAUUUGGAAGAAAAGUAGUGUAUGUUGUUAUAGGUGAUGGUGUGGAAGAAGAACAAGGAGCAAAAAAGCACGCCAUGCCAUUUUGGAGGAUCUCAAGCCACUCUGACCUUAUGGCCCUUCAUCAUGCCUUGGAACUGGAAUACUUGUAGCAGCUUAGCAGCACUUUGAAACUCCAGAACCUCCCUUAUGCCCAUGGACAGUAUGCCUGUGUCUUGUGUCAGCAUUGGACUACAGAAUUUUGUGAUUUCAACAUGUUGAUGUACAGCUGCAAUUGGUCUUAACCUUUGCCCUUUCAGUAAAUGGAGGAGCAUGCCUUUUUCUUCAGAACAGCUGUUGACUCUAGUAUUGCGAAUCCAAUGAAAACAAGCCAUGAGAAUGUUUUAACAGCGUGUUUUACCACAUUUGAUACAAAAAAAAAGGUUCAUACCUGUGAAGAAAGAAAGGACCUGCAAAUGCUUUGUAGUUUUUAGAAUCUUCAAUGUGACACACACAGCUUCUUCAACACAGCAAACUUGAUUGCACAAUGAAGACUGAAUUUUUCAAAAUACCAGUGGAGUAAUUUUCUUGUAAAGAAGGUUUACUUUUUUGGUUUCUCAUACCCAGGGUACUCUGUACAUCUUUACUUAUUUAUGAACAGACUGUGUUUUGACAUCAUAUAACUGAGGAUACGUAUGAUAAGAUUAAAGGCUAUUUAUAAGCCUUUGUCUCAUGAUACAACAAACACUUUUGAUUUUAGCACAUUGCAAAGUAGUUUAAAGUAUGUCUAAUUUAAACAAAUAGGUACAUCACUGAGACAAUCAUGUACAGGAAGAAUUUUUUGUGUAAAUUUGUAAUAAUGGAUGAUUCUUUUACAUAUUGUUUAAGUAAAUGCUAUUGAGAGGUAGUAAUGCCUUGUUGGUGAAGUCUGAGGCAAUGUGUACACAGCUAUUGUGCAGUGCCUUAUCAGAGUGUUGGGUAUAAAUAUGUAGAUAAUGGAUUUUUUAGAUAAAUUUGUCACGACCAAAAGCAUGGAUGUCAAGUGUCAAUAAGGAAUUUGUUGUUGUUCUUUUUCAGCUUAUUUCUCUUUUUCCCCCUCAGCUUAUUCUGACUAUAAAAUGAUGGUUGCCAGGUGUCCCCAUUAAACACGUACACAGUGCUACACAACUUAAUUGAAGAGGAGUUCCUUACUGUCUUUCAUUUUUUGUUUUAAUGCUAAUGUAUUAAAUCUCCUUAAAGAAUUGAAUAAUGAAUCAAGAGACUCUUCCCAUAAAAAGAAGUUAGAGAAUAGAAAAUACAUUAUACAGUGGUAUUUGAGUUGGAGACUAACAAAUCAAAGUUUUCAUGUCAGAAAAUCAAAAAUUACAGCAUGUGCUUUGAUUUACAUGUUAGAAAAGAGUAUUUUGGAGAAACUGAGCAAAACAUAAUUAUAUGCAGUGUACACACUUAACUUUUUUUUUAAUUCUCUUCCACCAGGAGUCAGAUUUUCCUAGUAUGUAACAUCCAUUGCCGGCAAUGGACACAAUGAAAUAGUUGUCACCAGCCAAGGAUGUAAAAUUUCCAUAGUCUCUAUUAAUUUCUAUGAUCAGCGUAAAUUGUGUCUGACCUAUGAGUUGUGACUUUUCUAAAUCUUACAGGCCAUGAGCAAUGUCAGUUAAACUGAAUCUGACAUCUUGGCCUGACUUGUACUAGUUCCAUUUCCCUGAUUUCUGUCUUUUCAUUAAAAAGAAAUCUCAGUUUUGUUGGUUCAUUCUUCAAAAUUUACUCCCACUUUCUGUUCUUCCCUCCCACCCCACCCCACCCCAAAAAACAACACCAGCCUUUUAAACAGCUACCUGCAAAGCACCAAAGUAGCUGCAAAGCAACACCCUCCUGUGUUGGAGGAUUCAUAUUGCUGCUAGUUAAUCAUUUGUGGAUUUUCCAAAUUGCUUAAUUAUCAACUAAGGCCCCUAUCUCGCUAAGACUUACACGUGUGCUUCAUUUUACACAUUAGGCCUUGGCUACACUCGCGGAUUCACAGCGCUACCGUGGCAGCGCUGUGAAGCGCGAGUGUAGUCGCGCUGCGAGAGCUCUCUCGCAGCGCUGCAAGUACUCCACCUCUCCGAGGGGAAUAGCUUGCAGUGCUGCAGGCACUGAUUACACUGGCACUUUACAGCGCUGCACUCGCUGCGCUCAGGGGGGGUGUUUUUUCACACCCCUGAGUGCAGCAAGUGCAGUGCUAUGAAUUGCCAGCGUAGCCAAGCCCUUAGUGUGAGUAGUUCUAACAAAGUUGAGGGAAUUACUCACAGUGCAUAAAGUUUAAGCACAUGGUGUGUAGUUCUUUUAGGAUUGUGGCUAUAAUUCGAUUUUUUUUUCUUUGCUUCAAGCAAAGUAGAGAGUGACAGUUUUUUGUCUUUUCAAUUUCUGUAGUCAUUUUGCAGACUGAAAAAAAACAGUUUAUCUUGGCCUUAUUGUACAAAAAAGUGUGUUGUGUCCACAAUUGUGUACAGAAUUUUUCUUCAUUAACUUUGUGUUUUAAAUUAAUAAAAUUGAUUUGUGAACUAGU